AAAGCAAAGGGACUAUCUUUGCAGUUUUGUCCAUUCCUUUUCAGCUCAACACUGUGAACCUAAAAACAAUCCGACACCAAAGGGAAGCAUUAUUUCUCAGGUUUCAACACCAGUCUCCUCCUUCCUGUGCUAGAAGAGUGAAGUGAACCCAUGGUAUAUAAGAAGGUGAUGGACCCUGUAAAACCGGCGGCGAAGGAGCCUAAGAGCCGGCGGCUGACUAACAUCGAGCGUUCUUCAUACUUCGCACGCCGAGAGGCGGCUAAGGUCUUGAAAAGCGUAUUGCAAGGAGACGCUAAUCGUAGAGCCGUUGGUUCCAUUAAAACCCUCGUUUAUAGUCCCUCCAUAAGGAACAAGAAAGCCACAUUUGCUUUAGUCUGCCAAACCCUAAAAUAUCUUCCAAUCAUCAAGGAUGUAUUGGAGAUUGCUAAUGUAUUAAACAGCAAAUGGAAGAGGCAAGUGGAAUUAAUGUACAUAAUCACCUAUGACAUUCUUUUCGGACAGGAUUCAUCUCUAACAGGAGAUCCAGAAAAGUACCUUAUUUUGAGGAAAAGUCAACUACAGUCAGCUCUUGCAAAGAUCUUAUUAAAGAAGGGAGCAAAACGUAUAGAAGAUUUAAUGUCCCAAUAUAAGAUUCCUGCAGAUGUUAAAAAACCUCGCUAUGUUCGUGUCAAUACUCUGAAAUUGGAUGUUGAAACUGCUGUGUCUGAAUUAAGCAAAGAUAAUAUGGUCGAGAAGGAUGACAUGAUUCCCGAUUUAUUAGUGCUUCCACCAGCUACUGAUUUGCACAAUCAUCCUUUGGUCACAAACGGAAGUGUAUUUAUGCAAGGUAAGGCAAGCUCCAUGGUGGCAGUUGCCCUUGGGCCUAAACCAGGGUGGGAGGUUAUUGAUGCAUGUGCAGCUCCUGGAAAUAAAACUGUACACCUUGCUGCUGUUAUGAAAGGUGAAGGGAAAAUUAUUGCUUGUGAACUUAAUAAAGAUAGAGUUAAGAGAUUGGAACACACUACAAACUUGGCGGGGGCCACCAAUGUGGAGGUUUUGCACGAGAAUUUCUUGAACUUGAAUCCUGAAGAUGAAUUGUAUUCUAAGGUCCGUGCUAUAUUGUUAGACCCUUCAUGUUCUGGAUCUGGAACAGUUGCUGAUAGAUUGGAUUAUCUGCUUCCAUCACAUUCACAUACCUCAAGUGAUGGUGAUGGUGGUGAUGUGGGCCGGCUACUCAAACUUGCUGCUUUCCAGGAGAAGGCAUUAAUUCAUGCAUUGUCUUUUCCAGGAGUUGAGAGAGUAGUCUACAGCACAUGUUCUAUUCACCAAAUUGAGAAUGAAGAUGUGAUAAAAUCAGUGUUGCCUUUUGCUGCAUUUUUGGGUUUCCACCUGGCAACUCCAUUUCCACAGUGGGCCCGCAGAGGUCUGCCAGUUGUCGAAGGAUCACAACAUCUGCUUCGAACUGAUCCUGUUGAGGAUAAAGAGGGGUUCUUCAUUGCGUUAUUUACAAGGAAUGCCACUCGUUCUCCUGAAAGCCCUCAGAAAGUUGAGAGGGGUAGUUUGGAGAAUUUGAAACAGGAAGCUGUUGGGAAAUGUGAUUGCCACAAAAAGUUUUUAAGGGCGAGGAUACCAAAAACCCUAGUCGUCUGGAUCCUUUCUCCGGCACCCAUUCUACUCUAUCCGCCGUUAUCCCUCUUCCUUCAUAUUGACAUUACCGAUUUAAGAUAAUGGUGGCUCCGCUCUACAACACUGUCGACUCACCCAUGGGAGACAAUGAAGAACAGUUGCCCGGUAUAAAAGACAUGGAUGUGGAUGAUAAAAAACAGAUCUGGGAAGAUUGGAAUGCUGAUGAGGAAUACGAUGAAGAUGACGACGUUGAACUGCUCUGUUUAUUUUGUGAUUCUAAAUACAUUUCAAGUGAUUCACUCUUCGAACAUUGCUUUUCAAGCCACAGUUUUGAUUUUGGAAGCAUCAGAACUACAAUGAACCUGGAUUUCUAUGGUUGUUUCAAGCUCCUCAACUAUAUAAGAUCACAGGUGGGACAAAAUCGAUGUUGGAGUUGUGGAACUACAUGUCAGUCUAGGUUAGAACUACAAGAUCAUUUACAUGAACCUUCUUUAGCAAGCAGCAAUCUUCCAUGGGACAAUGACAUGUACCUGAAACCAUAUAUGGAAGAAGAUCAUUUGCUAUAUGAUUUUGAUAAAGAUGAAGAAGUUGAUGAUGAUUCUAUGAUAUCAUCUAAAGAGGACAUGCUGGAAAAUUUAAAGAUAAGCAUUGAAGAAAACGGGGCGAGUUCAUCAGAAGUAAAAUCUAAUGAUAAAAAGUCAAACAAUGCCAUUGACCAUGAAAUAGUAAUCGUGAAUAAAAACUAUUUUGGCUCAUAUGGUUCAUUUGGUAUCCACAGAGAGAUGAUAAGUGAUAAGGUAAGGACGGAUGCUUACAGACAAGCUAUUGUAGACAACCCUUCUCUUAUAAAGGGUGCGGUUGUUUUGGAUGUUGGUUGUGGUACAGGGAUAUUAAGUCUGUUUGCAGCCCAAGCAGGGGCCUCGAUGGUAAAUGCAGUUGAAGCAAGUGAUAAGAUGGCUUCCGUAGCCUCUCAGAUUGCAAAAGACAAUAACAGAAAUGGAGUAGUUAAAGUUGUGAAUGGAAUGGUUGAAGAUCUCAUUGAAUCAAAACAAAUUGAGCCCAAAAGUGUUGAUGUUUUAGUGAGUGAGUGGAUGGGUUAUUGCUUACUCUAUGAGUCAAUGUUGAACUCAGUUCUUAUUGCAAGAGAUCAUUGGCUUAAGCCUGGAGGUGCUAUGCUCCCUGAUACUGCCACCAUGUUUGUUGCUGGAUUUGGAAAAGGGGCUACAAGUAUGCCAUUUUGGGAAAAUGUUUAUGGAUUUGACAUGUCAUCAAUUGGUAAAGAACUGGUGGAAGAUGCUGCUCAUAUUCCCAUUGUUGAUGUUGUGGAUGGAAAUAAUUUGGUCACUAAUACCGCUCUCCUUAAGACGUUUGAUUUAGUGACAAUGAAACACGAUGAAGUCGAUUUCACAGCCUCGGUCCAAUUACAACAAAAGGGACAAUCCACCGUAAGCAAAUGUUAUGGAAUUGUAGUUUGGUUCGAUACUUCCUUCACAAACCGAUUUUGCAAAGAAGCCCCUACAGUUUUGUCAACGUCACCAUACACCCCCUCAACUCAUUGGUCACAAACUUUGCUCACUUUUUGCAAACCAAUUUCACUAUCAUCGUCAUCAUCAUUGGUGGAUAUGGCCCACAAGAGUUCUUUGCCAGCUGGCACAGAUGCCAACCCAGCAGUUAGUAUAAAUUCACGCAUCAGUAUUGUACGUGGUCUUGAACAUCGAAGCAUUGAUAUUUCAAUGGAGGUGACUGCUGUUGGGUUUGAUGGGCGAAAACGGAAAUUGCCUGUGCAAAUGUUUAAUAUGCGUUAGAUUUUGAUAUGGUUGAUGUUUCUUUGUAUCGUGUAACCUUGUGACAAUUUUUGUUUUAUUAUGAUGAUUUUUGUAGUUAUGGAAGUGUUAUUGGCAUGUGUGUUGACUAGUUAUUAGCUACUGCAUGUGCCUAUUCUUUAUUACUCGGUUGAAAACAAACUAAGUUUUGUUUUGUUUAAGUAAUGAAUAUUAG